GUUACUCACUAUUUCAGACUGUUAAUGUUUUCUCUGAUAUAUGUUUCUAAAGUCUGCACUAUUUAGUGAAAUUUCGAUUGAAUAAGUAGGGUUCGCACCUUUCAUCAGCACUCGGGACUUCCCGAAGAUGACGUCACUAACGUAAACCUCUGAGUCUGUAUUGGAACUGUUGACAAUUUUGGCGAAAGGGAAGAUUGUGUGAAUGCAAUAGCCUGCUACUACAAAGCAAACGCUCGUUCUCAUGGCUUUGGUGUAUUGUUCAUAUGCCCUUGAAUAACUCCAGAGCUUUCAGUCUUGUUACUAUUACUGACCCAAUUUUCAGAGGGGAGCUGCAAAAUCUAAUUUAAGUAAUUUGAAUGGAUCAUCUAGCCUACCUAAAGCCUAACUAAAGUAAAAAGGAGCUAGCCAUGAUGGACAGUGACGAUGAUUUUCUUGGGGACGGUGAUUCCGAUGGUACCCCAGGUGUUACUGACAAUGAAGACGAAGACGAGCUGCCCAUGGAUGAAGAACCUCAUGAAUCGUCAACUAAUGAACGCAGAGAGGAUGAGGAUUUCACCUAUGAAGUUCUCACUGCAGAUCAAAUUGUUGAGUUCAUGGUGGACUGUAUAAAAGAGGUCAAUGCAGUAGUUCAGAUUCCUGCCACAAUAACACGCAUUCUUUUAAACCAUUUCAAGUGGGAUAAAGAAAAACUCAUGGAAAGGUAUUAUGAUGGUGAUCAAGACAAACUGUUUUCGGAGGCACACGUCGUCAGUCCCCAUCGUCGUGAAGGAGGGAAUGGAAAGGUUAUUAGGCGUUCCGGCCGCAAUAGUGUUCCAGAUGAUAAUGUCUUGUGUGAGAUUUGCUAUUUGUCCAAGGGGAUGAUAGACAUGAAAGGUCUGGAAUGUGGCCACCGCUUCUGCGCCCAGUGUUGGGCCGAAUACCUCACAUCCAAGAUCAUGGAUGAGGGAAUGGGGCAAACCAUUUCGUGUGCUGCCUAUGGCUGUGAUAUUCUUGUGGAUGAUCAGAGUGUGAUGGAGUUGAUAAAAGACCAGAAAGUGAAGUUAAAAUAUCAACAAAUCAUUACAAAUAGUUUUGUAGAGUGCAACAGGUUAUUGAGGUGGUGUCCAGCCCCGGACUGUGGCCAUGCAGUCAAGGUGGCUCACCAUGAUGCUAAGCCAGUGACCUGUGUAUGUGGCCAUACUUUUUGUUUUGCUUGUGGAGAAAAUUGGCACGAUCCAGUGCGGUGCAAGUGGCUUCGUCAGUGGAUCAAGAAAUGUGAUGAUGAUAGUGAAACAUCUAACUGGAUAGCGGCAAAUACGAAGGAAUGUCCAAAAUGUCACGUGACGAUAGAGAAAGAUGGCGGCUGCAACCACAUGGUUUGUAAAAAUCAGAACUGUAAGGCAGACUUCUGCUGGGUUUGUCUUGGACCCUGGGAGCCUCAUGGCUCAUCUUGGUACAACUGUAACAGGUACAACGAAGAUGAUGCCAAGAAAGCCAGGGAUAGUCAAGAGAAGUCUCGAGCAGCUUUGCAGAGAUAUUUGUUUUACUGCAACCGGUACAUGAAUCACAUGCAGAGCCUCAAAUUUGAACAUAUGCUCUAUCAGUCUAUCAAAUCAAAGAUGGAGGAGAUGCAGCAUCACAACAUGUCAUGGAUCGAGGUUCAGUUUUUGAAGAAGGCGGUGGAUGUUUUGUGUCUAUGCAGGCAGACCCUUAUGUACACUUACGUAUUUGCCUUUUAUCUGAAGAAGAACAACCAAUCCAUCAUCUUUGAGGAAAACCAAAAAGACCUUGAGAAUGCCACUGAGCAGUUGUCUGAAUAUCUUGAGAGGGAGAUUUCUUCUGAGGUGCUUCAUGACAUAAAGCAGAAGGUUCAAGACAAAUACAGGUACUGUGAGAGUCGGAGGAAUGUACUUCUGGAUCACGUCCAUGAGGGCUAUGAGAAGGAUCAGUGGGAGUACCAAGAGGAUUAAAUUCCACAGAGAAAGGGAGCACAGCUGGCCCCAGGUGUUCUGCUGAGCAUCAGCCGGAAACUCACUUUCUGCGCCGUGUGUUUCAAGGGUAGUAUUGUGUGCUGUACCUGAGGCUGCAAAAAGUGGCCAGCUCUCAUCCGAUGCUUUUGACCUGGGCACAGCUCCUGAGCUCUUCUUAUUGUUUGUUCCUAUGUAGGUGUCGGUCAGAGGAGUGUCAGUGCGUUUGAUGAUUUAUUCAUUUAUGCAGCAAGUGUCCAAUCAAGAGUUGUCUGAGCUAGUAUGUCAGAUUUUGCUUUUUAUAAGAUAGGUUUUCUUAAUGGGUUUUUUUUUUUUAAAUUUGGGGUUGUUGUUUUUUUUUUGGUCAUAAGCAACGGUACAUGUCGGAAGUCCAUAUUUAUAAGCACCAUGUGCUUUUUUAAAGUCUAUAUCAUAAGUUUUCUCUUGCCUUUGACCCACUCAGGUUGCUUGUUUAGGAAUGAACCUUAUGAAGAUUUCAGUUGGAUAAAAAUGUGAAUGAUAGUAUUUUGGUUUGUCUUGAGUUUUAAAGAUUUAUUUGGUGUGUCAAUGCUUUUUUGUGGGGUUGAUUUUCUCCUUUGCAGUAUAUAUUUUAGUUAUUGAGCUUCCUCAAAGUUCAAAGUUACCAUAUCAAGUUCUUUUGUUAGUGUGCCUCUUAUCUCAGAACAGCUGCUUUUUGUGUGUAAUAUUAAGUUUUUCAAAGAUCUGGGCAAGAUAGUUCUCAAGCACGCAAAGUGUCAUGGCUAAUAGAAUAUGGAGACAGUUUUGCGGGUAUGAAAAACUAGAAACAUGUAUUAGUAGAAUACUUUAAAUAUCUGUAUGUUUCUUUGGGGGGUGGGGGGUUCUUUGGGUUUUUUUUCAUUUUUUCGUUGUUGUUUUUUAGAGCAGAAUCUUCAACAAACUCUGUACGUUCUUACAAUUUUUGCUUUGUGAUUUGUAUUGUGCAGUUUUGGCUAUCAAUUGUGAUAGAGAGAUUUAUGGGCAGUAUUUCCACACCAGGUAUAGGGUGAUUACAAAAACAGCUUGAUAGUUUCAACUUGCUUUUCACAUUGAUUGUCUCAUAAAAUAUUCUGUGUAGGUACCAAAGGUUGUCUUCACAAUGAUUGUGCUUUAAUACAUUCUAUUUCAAAAAUGAUGUUUGGUGACCGUACAACAUGCAAUGUGCAGAACUUGAUGUUUCUAGCUUAUAACUCUCCUCUAGGUUUACAAAAAAUACCCUUUUCAUUACUGUAGUAUAGAAUCUGAGAAGACACUCACAUGUUUACAUUACUUUUGUUUUGGGGUUUUUGGGGGGUUUAACAAAGCCCAAAGUAAAACAUAUGGGGUGUUAAAAGUGAAAUAGAGGAAAAGAUCAAGGGAAAGACCACAUGGAACCUGGAUAAGAGAGAAAUUGGUUUACAGAUAAGUGGGAAGACAUGAAAUAACAUCAAGCAGCUAGCUCAGGAUAGGGAAAGGGAGAAAGUGUUUGUUGAUGGCCUAAAUCCUGAUCCAGGGUGAGAAAGGCAAUGGUGAUGAUGAAGCUUUUGCCAAGUUUAUUUUACUUGUGGGUCUAAUUAUGAUUCUGAAAAGGCUUUCUUUGAUACUGCUCAAUGACGACAGCAUGAAACUUUUUUGGGUUUUUUUUUCCAUAAAUAUUCUCAUCACACUAAUACUUAAAAGGUGAUAGAGUGACAUUUAUAAUAGUCUGGAGUACUGACAUUUAGUCAUUACCUCUAAAAAUAGGUGUAUCGAAGUAAUAGCUAGCAUCUGCGUUUGUUGCCAUUUUUUGUCCAAAAGUUGCGACAAAAACUGGCAAAAGUUGCCAUUAGUUUUCAAGCUUUCAACUCUCUGUGACGACGUAUAUAUAGCAAUAUGUUGAUGGAGGUAACUUGAACUACAGCACCAGAAUUUCUGGUGCUCUGUUUUAAGCAUCCAGAAAAUCAUUUGUUCCCACACAUAGUGUAAAAAUGGGAAAAAUGAAGGUUUCACAACUGAAUGAAAUCAAAAUUAGAACAGCACAUGAACAACCACAAAAAUUAACAAAUAAGGUCAUGUGUCCACCUGUCCGACGAUUGGCCGUUUUAACCCUAAAAGUGUGUAAAUUAAGAAAAAGUACAGGAUAUUACUUGUAAUUUAUAGAAUCACACGCAAGAGGCCUGCCAGUGUCAGUAUUCAGUUUUGGUGGAGACCCUCUCUAAAAUAACACAUUUAUAUAUUCUUUAAAAAAAUGUAGGAACAACAUCAAAUUAACUGACACUACGCUAUAUAAACACAAAAAAA